UGCCGAGUGACGGCUGAAGACCACGCCCUUUAGCCUCGCCCCCGGCUUGUGUAACACCCGGAGGGCCGCGUGGUCACCAGUGGCCGCAGGCAACCACGCUGCUCCGGGUGCUGGCCCGGGCAAGCCUAAGGAUGCCGCGGGGGCAAAGGAAGCGAAAGGCCGAGGGCACGGAGCUGCCAGGCGUGUCUCGGAGGAGGAAGGAGGAAGAGGAGGCCGUGCAGGAGGCCAGGCGGAGGGCGGCCCCGUCCGUGAGAGAGUUCAAGUACAACAAGAAGCGUGUUCGCCUCGUCUCGCAGGGCUCAGACCUGAAGGAGAAUGCUCGGUGCAUCCUUUACUGGAUGUCCCGGGACCAGCGGCUGCAAGAUAACUGGGCUUUCCUCUAUGCCCAGCGCCUGGCCCUCAAACAGGAGCUGCCUCUGCACGUCUGCUUCUGCCUGGUGCCCAAAUUCCUGGAUGCCACCAUCCGUCACUACGGUUUCAUGCUGAGGGGCCUGCAGGAGGUGGCCGAGGAGUGUGCAGAGCUGAACAUCCCCUUCCACUUGCUGCUGGGCUACGCCAAGGACGUGCUGCCCGUGUUUGUGGUGGAGCACGGCGUGGGUGGGCUGGUGACAGACUUCUGCCCCCUCCGCCUCUCCCGGCAGUGGGUGGAGGACGUCAGGGAGCGUUUGCCGGAGGAUGUGCCGUUUGCGCAGGUUGAUGCCCACAACAUUGUGCCCUGCUGGGUCACCUCCCCCAAGCAGGAGUACAGCGCCAGGACCAUCCGGGGCAAGAUCCAUGCUCAGCUCACCGAGUUCCUCACCGAGUUCCCCCCUGUUAUUCGUCACCCAUAUCCCCCCUCCUGCCCGGCAGAGCCCAUCGCUUGGGAGGCCUGUUAUUCCAGCUUGCAGGUGGACCGCACCGUGAAGGAGGUGGAGUGGGCAACCCCUGGCACAACUGCAGGGCUGGCUGUACUGCAGUCCUUCAUCACAGAGCGGCUGAAAUCCUUCAGCUCCCACCGGAAUGACCCCAACAAGGCAGCGCUCAGCAACCUGUCCCCAUGGUUCCACUUUGGCCAGGUUUCCACCCAACGAGCGAUCCUGGAGGUGCAGAAGCAUCGGGACAAGUACAAGGAGUCAGUGGAUGCAUUUGUGGAGGAGGCUGUGGUGCGGCGGGAGCUGGCUGAAAACUUUUGCUACUACAAUGAGAACUACGACAGCGUGCAAGGUGCCUAUGACUGGGCGCAAACCACCCUGAAGCUCCAUGCCAAAGACAAGAGGCCUUUCCUCUACAAGCUGCAGGAGCUGGAGCAGGGGGCCACACAUGAUCCCCUCUGGAAUGCUGCUCAGCUCCAGAUGGUCCGGGAGGGCAAGAUGCAUGGCUUCCUGCGGAUGUACUGGGCCAAGAAGAUCCUGGAGUGGACCCGCUCCCCCGAGGAGGCCCUUCAGUUUGCCAUCUACCUCAAUGACCGCUAUGAACUGGACGGGAGGGAUCCCAAUGGAUACGUAGGCUGCCUCUGGUCCAUCUGUGGCAUACAUGACCAGGGCUGGGCAGAGCGGGCCAUCUUCGGGAAGAUUCGCUACAUGAACUACGCUGGCUGCAAGCGCAAGUUCGACGUGGGCCAGUUUGAGCGUCGCUACGCCCCCCCCACAUGCUCCCAGUGAUGGACAGUGUGCCUUGAGAUUGCUCAUGUCCCUCUGUGCUAGAGGCAGACAUGCCCCUGCAAAGAUGCCAGCUCGCACUUUACGUGCUGGCCAGGCGUUGCCCCAGGUGCUGCUGCCAGGCUCGCUGUAACAGCAAGUCCCAGGGUUCUGUAGGUCUUUUCUCUGCCAUCACCCCCUACUCGAGCUGCCGCACUGGGGCAGCUGCUGGAGCCCCACAGGACUGUGCAGGGCCUGCCUGCUGCCACAGCUUCCUUAACAGCUGUGAGAGCCCAUCCUCAGCGUGCCCAUGCCUGCCAGAAACCUCCUCCACAGCCACCAUGCUCGGGAGUAAGCUCAAGUUGCUGUUGCUGCUGUGAAGUGCAACUUAGAUUUAGGCUCAGCAGGGGUUUUCUGGGGAAAAGCCCCCCCCAAAAGCUGGGUCCCUAUGCCAUGCUGCCCGGAGGGAAGCCCUGCUUCGCUCCAUGCUGUGCUGUGCUCACACAUGCAUCCUUCAACAGUUGUUUUAAAGUUUACAGUUUUA